AUGAAAUUAUUAAAUAUUAACAAAGAAAAAGAAAAAUCUAACAGUAAUGGUUCAAUUCAAGAACAGUUCUCACCAAUUACUCCUGCCACCACCGAAAACAGCGAACUUGAAAACGUUAACAAAAACCCUUACAUGGAGGUAAUUUAUAAAAGAUUAAGAGCUAUGAGAAAGCGCAUGGUCAGAGUUGAAAAAUAUGAAGAAAUUGCUAAUUCUACUCCUGAUGGUAAAAAUCAAUUAAAUGCCGAUCAACUUAAUUCACUCGAAAAAAAAGGUGAACUUGCUGCAGUGAUUAAACAAUCCGAAGAUAUUUUGAAAUCAAUGGAAGCUGUUGAUAAAGAGGAGGUCAAAAAAGAAAAGGCACAAAAAAAGACACAACAAGAAGAAAAUGAAAAGGCCAUUUCUAAUGCAAUCAAAGAAGCAAAGAAUGAACACACCGAAUCCAUCAUAUUUCUUCUUGAUUUUUUCCGAUUGGUCCACUUCCAACAAUUAAACAUCGUUCAAUUAUCAGAAUUGGAAUCAGAAGUGGUUGAAACGCUUCGUGCUAAACUUACUACAAUGGCUGAAGAAGCCAAAAACGAAGAGUUGAAAGAUCAACGUGUCAAAGAUAUUUUGGAUAAUGUUAAUAAGUUACAACAUAGCGAUGAAAAUAUUAUUAUGAAUUUGUUUACAAAUAGUAUCGUCGUACAAGAUUCUAACAAUAAAAAUGAGAAUGAUAAUAACAACUUGGAACAAGAAAUAACUUACUCUCGUGUUAGAUCAUUGAUACAAAGUCCACCAAUAUUAGAAACCACCGAAGUCCAGCUUGAACAAGAAGAUAUUGACGAUGACACAAAUAACAACAUUAACCAAGAAGAAUUUGUCAUCAUCAACAAAGAAACAGAAAAUAAUGCUGAUAAUAAUAGUACAUCUAAUAUCAAUAAAAGUGAUUUAGAUCAAGAUGAAAAAUUGCAAAUCCAACCAGAAAUAGAAACAUCAAUCGAAGAAACUUCACAAAAUCAAACUGUUCAAGAAAGUGUUCGGCUAGCAACUGAUGAUCAAUUUCAUUACCCUGAACAAAAUCCCAUUGAACAAUCAAAUCAACACGAUGAUGAUACAAAUUUAACUCAACAACAACCGUCAAAUGUCGACGUAGUUACAAAUGAUGAUAAUAAUCAGCAAAUCUCACAAGAACAAUCAGUCACAACAUCUCAAGAAUACGUUAUUCAACCAACUCAAAUUUCAAACGACGAAAAUUUAACUCAAUCGAUAACAGAGCCUAUAUCUACUAUACCUACAUCUGUAACUGAUACACAACAACAAUCACCGCCAAUAGUAUUAUCACAACAACAAACCUUUGAAUCUGAAUCACAAAACCAACAAUCAUCCAAACCGCAAAUAAGACAAUUCGUAUCCAAGCAACUUGGCGAUACUCAACCCCCACCAUUAACACCAAGAAAUCAAGGUAAUUCAAAUAGAGGUUACCGCCCAGCUUACCGCAAUAAUAGUAAUCGCACCGGUGGUAACAAUAACAGUGGUGGCAAUAACAACGGUGGAUAUAAUAAUAAUAGAGGAGGAGGCCAAAGUCAAAGAAGGGAUAGCGGAUCACGCAACGGAUCAUUUAAACCACGUCCGCAAUAA